AUGAGAAUUACCAGCUGUCUUCCACUCUUGGCCCUAGCCACCAAGGUGGCUUGUCUUCCCUAUAAACAGGAUGUGACUGGGAGUCCUUCAGAAGGUUCUCGCAUUAUCACCGACGACAACGACCUUCCAUUCCAGGGCGAUGAGCCACUGUGGGAGGUCCAGGUCUCUGAUGAUGAAGAGCCAAAGUACUUCUCUGGCUCUGUUGAGGAAGCCUACAAGAAAGUCUUGGACCUGAACCCCGAUUAUGGCAAAGAUCGCCCUGUCGUCAACGUGACUCUUGGACCCGAUGACAAAGAGCUAAACAAGCGAGAUGUCCAAGGAAACCCUGUCUGCUGGGACAAUAGACGUGUCAACAUGUUGCGUAUGCAGGAAGAGGUCUUCCGUUUGGACAGGAUGAAUGCCUACCUCAACAUCGCCCCACGCCGUUGCUCUCGUAUUGGUUGCUCGUGGAACGCUGGUAUCGCGAUUUGCAAUGAUCGAAACGACCUCACUUGGUCACUCCACACUAGUCUCAUUAUAAGCUAUGUCUCACGAAUCAGCAAUAGCUGUUCAUACCAAGGCGUUAGCAUGGGCGGUCAGCAGUUCGACACUGGAGGUUUCAACGUUAUCGCUGCUAACAUGAACUGCGGAGCCACCGCGAGUUGGGCAGUUGGAACUAACCCUCCCUAG